UCACAGUGAAGUCCAAAGGAAACAGUCAGACUUUAGCUUCUGUUGGAGGCCGAAUGGCGCAGCAAAGCUCUCUGCUGGACCGGGACAGAUACUGCUGUUCGAUCUGUCUGGAUCUGCUGUGUGAUCCAGGGACUCUCGCUUGUGGCCACAGCUACUGUUUGGACUGUAUUACAUAUUACUGGGACAAUGAAAAGGACAUAUACAGCUGUCCCCAGUGCAGACAUGUCUUUGAACCAAGACCAGCUCUGGUAAAGAACACCGUUCUAGCUGAUGUCAUGGAGGAUCUCAAGAGGACACGACUGCGAGACCCUCCCCCUGACCACUGCUAUGCUGGACCUGAAGAUUUGGGCUGUGAUCUCUGUGCUGGGAGGAAGAUGAAGGCCAUCAAGACCUGUCUGGGUUGUCAAGCUUCCUUCUGUGAGGAGCACCUCCAGAGUCACUUUCAAGUUCCUGGGCUAAAGAGACACAUUCUGGUGGAACCAACAGCAGACCUUCAGGACAACAUCUGCCCCCUUCACGAUGAGGUAAUCAGGAUGUUCUGCUGUCAGGAUCAACAAAGUAUCUGCUGUGUUUGUGCUGUGGGUGAACACAAAGGCCAUUACAUCAUCUCAGUCGAGGCAGAGAGAAAUAAAAGGCAGGAAGACCUCGGCAGCCACCAGAAAACCACAAGGACAAGAAUUCAGAAGGGAUGGGAAGACCUCAAAGUGCUUCAUCACAAGAUAGACGCUAUCAAUCAGUCUGCUGAUGAAACAUUGAGUGAUGUCGAUGAGGCCUUUGCUGAGAUGAUCCGUCCCCUUGAGAGUCAGAGGUUGGACAUUAAAGAGAUGAUCAGGACCAAUCAGCAGGCUGCAUUGAGCUGGCUAAAAGACCUGCAUACGGAUCUGGAGUGGGAGAUCGUUAACAUGAAGAGGAGUGUAGCUGACCUGAAGCAUCUCUCCCACAUCCAGAGCCACGUCACGUUUCUACAGAACUACCCUCAGAACGUGCAUCUCAAGGAACACAAUGGCUUAACAACCAGAGAUAUCCCUCCAAUGCUGGUCUUGGAGAACGUGACUGGAGCUUUUGCAGAGAUGACAGAUAAACUAAACAAAUUCAUAAUAGACAAUAUCUCUCAGAUUUCACUGGCAUUGGCUCAGGCUGAUGAUUUACCUUCACCGCACCCUGAGCCACAGACCAGAGCAGAUUUCUUACAAUAUGCAUGUGAAAUAACAUUUGACCCGAGCACAAAAACCGAAUCCCUGUCUCUGUGUGAGGAUAACCGAAGAAUGACGUUGUCCGUACCAAAACAGCAAGAGACAGUGGGGAACUGUCUGAGCCAGGAGGGACUGACAGGGAGAAAAUACUGGGAGGUGAAGUGGACAGGACACUACGUCUCCAUCGCUGUGGGUUACAAGGACAGUUCGUGGAAUCGAACAGGGUUUGGAAAUGAUGACAAGUCUUGGUCUUUGACUAUUUGCCAAAUCGGUACCGAAUUUGAACACAACAGAAUCAUCACUAAAAUACCAGGUCGCUGUCCCUCUAGGCUGGGGGUGUACCUGGACUACAGUGCCGGUACUCUCUGCUUUUACAGCAUCUCUGACACCAUGACUCUACUCCACGAGGUCCAGACCCGAUUCACACAGCCCCUCCAUACUGGCAUUUGGCUGUAUGAACGACCAGGGGUCUUUGCAGAGUUCUGCUAUCCUCUGCAGCUAUAG